AUGAUGGACGUUCUGGGCUCCGGCUCUUCGGCCGCCGAGGAGUUUAAGGAAAACCUCGACAACAUCGUCAUGUGCCAGGACUGCAAGGAGUUCCCUCCCAAUCUGGUUGAGGAGUUCUCUUCCGGUGACCUUGUCUGUGGAACUUGCGGUCUCGUUGUUCCUGGUCGUAUCGUCGACACUCGAUCCGAGUGGCGUACGUUCGCGAAUGACGACCAGAACAAUGAUGAUCCUUCCCGUGUCGGUGAUGCUGGUAAUCCGCUCUUCGAGGACAGCGUUGGCACUCUACAGACCAACAUCGGUCGAGAUGGCUCCAAUGCAUUCCACCUCCAGCGCGCCCAAAACAAGACCGUCGAGAAGGGCUCGAAGGCUUUGAAAGAGGGCUUUGCGCAAAUCAAGCAAUUCGUGGACACUCUGCAAGCUGGAAACGUCGUACGUGAUUCCGCACAGCAUAUCUACAAGCUGGUCGAGGACGGCAAGGUGAUGAAGGGCAAGCCUCAGGAAGCGAUCAUCGCCGGAUGUAUCUUCAUCGCUUGUCGUUCCAACAACACACCACGUACCUUCCGUGAGAUCUACAACUUGACCCAUGUGUCCAAGAAGGAGAUUGGGCGUGUCUUUAAGCAGCUGGAGUCUUACCUGAUCAAGAAGCAGAUGGAGGAUCCCACUGGUUCUCUCAUCUCAAUUCAGAACGUGGCUGGCUUCCAGUCCACUUCUUCAACGAGUGCUUCUGAUCUGGUCACCCGUUACAUCUCCAACCUGGGUAUCCGCAACCAAGCUCUGGCUGAGAAGGUUGCGAAGGCUCUCGCUGCCAAGACCUCAUCUGUUCCGGACCUGGCAGGUCGUUCACCUCUAUCUGUUGCUGCUGCUUGCAUCUACAUGGCGAGCCACCUGAUCAGCGAGCCCAAGACUUCCAAGGAGAUCGCCAACAUUGCAGGUGUCAGCGACGGCACAAUCAAGACGGCAUAUCGCUUCUUGUACCAGGCCCGAGAGACCUUGAUCACUGCGGACCUGCUGCCGAAUGUCAAGGCCAGCUUAGACAAACUGCCGCCCAACUAG